AUAAAUUUGAAAAUCAUGGUACUUAUAUAGAUAGUUAUUCAUUUAAGAUUAGGUUUAUCUUGUUGUAGAAUAGACAGGGGAAGACAAGACUUUCAAAAUGGUAUGUGUAUUAUGAUGAUGCCGAGAAAGUGAAAUUGCAAAAUGAAGUCCAUCGAUUGAUAGUUUGCAGAGACACCAAGCACACUAACUUUUUGGAAGUACAGAGUCUCAUCAUUAUUAAGUUCAGGAAUUAUAAAAUCAUCUACAAAAGAUACGCAGGACUGUUCUUUGCCUUGUGUGUUGAUGUGAGUGACAAUGAAUUAACAAUGCUAGAAUUGAUACAUUUGUAUGUCGAAGUAUUGGACAAAUACUUUGGAAAUGUGUGUGAAUUAGACAUAGUAUUCAACUUCAAUAAAGUAAAUAAUGACGCUACUAUUGCAAGGCGUAUUCGAUUUUGGACGAAAUGAUUGUCGGCGGAGAAAUUGUUGAAACUUCUAAACAAGUCAUAAUUAAUGCAGUCAAGAAUAUUGAAUUAUUAGAUUGA